UCCAGUUGAGACCAGUCUCUCCCAACUGUGCGGUUCUACUGGGGGGCAGGGGAGGGAGAGGGAGGAAACAAACAAAAGCCUGGGGCGGUCUGGUGAGGAACCCCCGCAGUGAAACCAGAACCACUCCUUAUUUGUUACUUCCAGGCGUGCUGCCCACGCGUUUUGUUGUUAGCUUCACAAUAGGGGCCGCUGCUAUUCAGAGAGUUAAGCUUAUAGGCAGGUGAAUGCCAGAAGGUGGUCCCCACCAGGCAGUUUUCAGAGUCUGAGAUUGCAUAUAUUCUCCACGCAGAAUGCAACCGCUGUCUCAGAAAUGCGCCCGAAAGUCAACAGGUAGAGAAAUAAGGCGCUUCUGAAAGUUAAGGCCUAUCUAUACUCAGACUUCAGCCGAGGAAAGUGCUGCCCCCACAGCUGGGUUACCUCCCUUCUGAGAUCAGAGUCCCUCACAACCCCUGUUCUCAUAAAGCCGCCCAGUGAGUGAGGUGGUGCUCCAGCCAGGUCAGGAUCAAUGUCAACGACUGUUCUGACCUCUGAGGCAGAAACACGUUUUGAACCCUUAGCAUUCCUAGACCUGCACUAUGCUUCCGGCCUGGUUAGUCCUAUUUACCUAGAGCAAUUACCCAAAAGAGGGAAUUCGGCUCCUUUAUAUGGACGAGGAAACUGAGAAUAUCGAAGACCACAUAUUGACUCAGGCGAUUCGAAGCAAGAGCAGCAGGCACCAAAGUACUUCAUCUGUCUUUCAGAUACCUGUUGUCUGCAGCCACUGCAGAGGCCGCAAAGGCAAAUGCGACCUGGACCCUGCCCUCAGGGACUCGCAGUCUAACUUGACAACCAGGUGGACACACAAAGCCUGCCAUACGUAGCACUAGGUGAGGGGGAGUGACAAGUGGCAUUGCUAACGGAGCAAAUUCAGAGGAAGAGGACUUCCGGGCUAGGCGAUCUGGCAGCGAUUCCUUGGAGGACGUGGUAUUUGAGUAGAGCCUUGGAGAACAGUUUUCCAUUCGUGGAACUGAGGAUGGAAAAGGCACUCCACGUGGUGAGAACAGCUACAGUAAAGACAAGGUGGGAUUUGACACGUCGCUCAUAAUUCCACAGAUACAGCAUUAGUCUCCUGAGGAAUCCACCGUCCGCCGUUUACUAGCCAGGAAGUUUUCCUGCCCCGAAGCAGCUGGAAAAGUCAGUCCGUGCCAUCCUUCUAGGACUUUGUUGGAUCACGGACAGUGAGCCUCUCAAAAUUGACCUGGGGGAAGAUGCGGCUAGUUGGAACGGGAAUCGAUGAUUCGGACACCCGGUUCAAUGCAGCUCUCCCACAGCGACUUGGACCUCAAGACCCUAUUCUAGUCCCUGUCUAUUUCUGGUAGCGCAGCAACACCCCACUGGGUGGACGCGGAGGGCGUGGCUCACCUAUGCCAGAACCAAUUAGAAAGGAGGCCAGGAUGCCGACUCCGCCCCUCGACAUGACGCAGGGCCCCCGGACAGAGGCUUCACAGCCCGGGCCCCAGUCCUUGCAGUGGCUGUAACAAAACCCAGACCCCCAGGUCCCGGCCAAUGGAGGCGAUUUAGACUGGAACAGGACCGCGUCUGUCAAAAGCUCGACUCCGCAACACCGCGGAGUCCAGAGGAAGAGCUGGAGCCGCCGCUCUGCCUCCCCGCCCCCGCCGGGAUUUAUUGAGUAUUUGGACUGGACAAUUAAGUGGCCCUGAUGAUGUUACCAAGCCCGGUCACCUCCACCCCUUUCUCAGUCAAAGACAUUUUGAAUCUGGAGCAGCAGCAGCACUUCCACGGAGCUCACUUGCAGGCGGAGCUGGAGCAGCACUUCCACUCGGCUCCCUGCAUGCUGGCUGCGACUGACGGGACACAGUUUUCUGAUGCAGGGGAGGAGGACGAGGAAGAAGAGGGAGAGAAACUGUCCUAUUUGAACUCACUAGCUGCUGCCGAGGGCCACGGAGAUUCAGGUCUCUGUCCACAAAGCUAUGUCCAUACAGUCCUUCGAGACUCCUGCAGCAGGCCCAAGGAUCAAGAAGAGGAGGUUGUGAGAGAACGGAGCCAAAAAAGCUGCCAGCUGAAGAAGUCUCUAGAAGCGACGACAGACUGUAAGGCGAACGAGGACGGCGAGAGACCGAAGCCGCGCAGCCGCCGGAAGCCGAGGGUGCUCUUCUCUCAAGCUCAGGUCUUCGAGCUGGAGCGCAGGUUCAAGCAGCAGCGGUACCUGUCGGCGCCCGAGCGCGAGCACCUCGCCAGCAGUCUGAAGCUCACGUCCACGCAGGUGAAAAUCUGGUUCCAGAAUCGCAGGUACAAGUGCAAGAGACAGCGGCAGGACAAGUCCCUGGAGCUAGGGACGCACGCGCCGCCGCCACCACCUCGCCGCGUGGCAGUGCCGGUGCUGGUGCGGGAUGGCAAGCCGUGCGUCACACCCAGCGCGCAGGCCUAUGGCUCGCCCUACAGCGUGGGCGCCGGAGCCUAUUCCUACAACAGCUUCCCCAGAAACCGGGGCCCGCUGUUGGUUGCCAAAAGACAAACCUGCCACGCGCAGCUCCGUAGGGUGGGGCUGGGGGGCGGGCGCUUCGGUGGAGAACCGCCUGCAGAGGCGGGAAGGUUCGAGGACGGAGUCUGCUUACUUGUCCUUGGCUUCAGCGUUCGGAGUCUCGGAGGGGACUUCCUGGUCAACCGCUCCCAACUCUAG